GUGCCGCGAGGCGGCAGGCGACCGGCGGGCUGGUUGGCGGGCCCGCACUGGUGCGGAGAGCGGGCGGUCCGACCGGUGGAGGGCUAUGGCCGCUUCUCCGGUUCCCGGCGGCGGCGGCGGUGCGGGAGCUGUCCACUCCUGCAACGCGUCUGGCUUCACCUUCGACUCGGGACUGGAGAUCAGAACGCGCUCGGUGGAGCAGACGCUGCUGCCCCUGGUUUCUCAGAUUACCACACUUAUUAACCAUAAAGAUAAUAUCAAAAAGUCUGAUAAAACUCUGCAAGCAAUUCAGCGUGUGGGACAAGCUGUCAACUUGGCAGUUGGAAGAUUUGUUAAAGUAGGGGAAGCUAUAGCUAAUGAAAACUGGGAUUUGAAAGAAGAAAUUAAUAUUGCCUGCAUUGAGGCUAAACAAGCAGGAGAGACAAUUGCAGCACUCACAGAUGUGACCAGAUUGAAUCACCUGGAAUCAGAUGGCCAGAUCCCAAUUUUGGCAGACAAAGCAGGAGUUGUGCAGGCCGCAAGGCUGCUGCUCUCCUCAGUGGCGAAGGUGUUGCUGCUGGCAGACCGAGUAGUCAUCAAGCAGAUAGUGACAUCAAGAAACAAGGUCCUUGCCACCAUGGAGAGACUAGAGAAAGUGAGCAGCUUUCAGGGGUUUGUCCAGAUCUUCAGCCAGUUUGGAAAUGAGAUGGUGGAGUUUGCACAUCUAACCGGAGACAGACAAAAUGAUUUGAAAGAUGAAAAGAAAAAGGCCAGAAUGGCAGUGGCAAGGGCCGUUCUUGAAAAGGGCACCAUGAUGCUCCUCACGGCUUCAAAGACCUGUCUCAGGCAUCCCAGCUGCGACUCGGCCCAUAGAAACAAAGAAGGAGUGUUUGGCCGAAUGAGAGCGGCCCUGGAUAAGGUCAUCGAGAUCGUGACUGAGUGCAGACCAAACGGAGAGACUGACAGCUCAUCUGCCAGCCUUUUUACUGGAAUUAAAGAACUGAAGUUGAAUAUUGAAGCUCUUCGGGAGAAUCUUUACUUUGAGUCCAAGGAGAACCUUUCUACUGCAUUGGAAGCUAUCUUGGAGCGUGUGGAGGACUUCACCGAUUCUGCCUACACCAGCCAUGAGCACAGGGAACGCAUCUUGGAGCUGUCUGCUCAGGCGAGAGCAGAGAUGCAGCAGUUCAUUUCGGUGUGGAUGCAAGCUCAAAGCACAAAGACCAAGAGUGCGGCCGAGGAGCUGGAGCUCACCAUUCUGAGGGUCAGCCAUAGUCUCAACGAGCUGAGGAAGGAGCUUCAUCAUACGGCAAUGCAGCUGGCUGCCGACCUGUUAAAAUUCCAUGCUGAUCAUCGGGUUUUAAAAGCAUUAAAACUCACUGGAGUAGAAGGCAAUUUGGAAGCGUUGGCUGAAUAUGCCUGUAAACUCUCUGAGCAGAAAGAACAGCUUGUUGAGAUGUGUCGAUUGCUGCGGCAUGUGUCUGGCACGGAACCCCUGGAAAUAACCUGCGUACAUGCUGAAGAGACGUUUCUGGUGACUGGCCAACAGAUCAUUUCUGCUGCUGAAACAUUGACACUGCAUCCAUCCAGCAAAAUCGCGAAGGAAAAUCUGGACGUAUUUUGUGAGGCUUGGGAAUCUCAGAUUAGCGACUUGGCCACGCUGCUACGAGAGAUCAAUGACAUGUUUGAAGGAAGACGAGGAGAGAAGUGCGACCAUCUUUCGCUUCCAAAGCCCAUGAAGAACAACGCAAACCUGAAAUCCUUAAAGCCUGACAAACCCGAUUCAGAGGAGCAAGCCAAGAUAGCAAAGCUGGGGCUGAAACUCGCUUUGCUCACCUCCGAUGCUGACUGUGAGCUUGAGAAGUGGGAGGAUCAAGAGAAUGAGAUUGUUCGACACGGCCGGAACAUGUCCAGGAUGGCCUAUUCUCUGUAUUUAUUUACUAGAGGAGAGGGGCCGCUGAAGACAUCGCAGGACUUAGUGCACUUCCUAGAGGUUUUUGCUGCAGAGGGAUUAAAGUUUACAUCAAAUGUACAGACAUUCUCAAAACAGCUAAAAGAUGAUGAAAAACUCAUGCUUCUCCUGGAAAUCAACAAGCUCAUUCCUCUAUGCCACCAGCUGCAGACAAUGACGAAGACAUCUUUGCAGAACAGAGUGAUCCUGAAGGUUGACAAGUGUAUUACAAAGAUAAGAUCCAUGAUGGCUCUUGUGGUCCAGCUCCUGUCGCUCUGCUAUGAGCUGCUGAAGAAGGUGGAAAAUACCAGGUGGGUCUCGGCGGCAAAUAAAGACAGCGUGGAUGGUAAAACUUGAGCAGCCUGUAGUUUGUCUCUGGAAAGUCAUGCAGCACAGCCGACCUUUUUACAAAGCAAACGAUCCUUUAUCUCUUCGGAAAUUCCUCAGUUUUUAAAGAGAAUGCUGAAAUCUUUCUUUUUUUUCUGAUCUCCGAUUAGAAAGCUUACCAACAGUCAUUGCUGUGGGAGGACUAAGAGUCUAAUGGCAGUGCCAGUUUAAAGUAGACACUGUGCCGGGCGAUGGUGGUGCACGCCUUUAAUCCCAGCACUCGGGAGGCAGAGGCAGGCGGAUCUCUGUGAGUUCGAGACCAGCCUGGUCUACAAGAGCUAGUUCCAGGACAGGCUCCAAAGCCAUAGAGAAACCCUGUCUUGAAAAACCAAAUAAAUAAAUAAAUAAACAAACAAACAAACAAACAAAUAAAUAAAUAAAUAAGACACUGUGUUCAGGAUGUUCCUCAGCACACACCAAAUAUCCCAGCGCUCUUAAUGCCAGCGGAAUCCCAAAGAUGCAAGUGUGAAUGUACAUCCCCUUUGGCAGCCUUAACUGCUCUAUGUAAGCUGAUUAUCUGCAACAUUAAUUUCAGCAGAAAAUAUACAGUGGCCUGGUUGAAUGCAGGCCUGUGGACUCUCCUUCCUUCUUGUUGAAGCAGGGUAAGGGUCCCUCAAGUGCCCGGUCACAUCCCUGCUUAGCAUUGUUGCUUCUAACAAGCAUCUCACUGGGUAAGGUCAUUAGUUACAUCUGUCCUAUUCCUGCUUCGAAAGGAAAACAGAAGUCACUCCAAAGAAUCCUGGAGCAACUCCAGAAGAGGAAUGGCUUUUUAUUCUAGUCGUGGUAUGCAUAGCUGACCACACAGUCCUGGAUAGUGGAUGGAAUCCUAAGUAUUUCUUACUGGUUUAAAAAUAGUUUUGAACUAUCUUCAGUAUUGAUGGAAUGACAGGUGCAGAAGACAUCAGAACCAAGAGGCUGUUUAAAUUCCAGAAACCUAAGCACUGUGUUUUUAUCAAUGUGGCAUUAGAAUGUUCAUUUUUAGGUUUUUUAACUCUAGGGUUUAAACCUUCUCUUGGGCUGGGGAACUGACUCCGCUGGUAGCCUGUCUGCUUUAUAAGCUGCGAGUAAAGAAGGAUAAGACUGCGCAGGUCACUCAUGUGAUCUGCUGUAUUUCCGAGUAUCAGAACAAGGGCCACAGGAAGGAGCAUGCGCAUUCUGCAUGUGCUGAACAGAACUCUCAUCUCUUUCGCUACCACCACAGGUAUUAACACAGCGUUUUCCCCAAAGCACUGGAAUAAUCUUGCACCCGACUGUUAUGGGAAAUGAUUGAAUGGAGCUGUCUCCUAUGAAAUAGUCAGGAUUGUUACCAACUCACACAAGUGGAAAUUCUGUGACUUCUUUUUCAACUGAGAAGCUGGAUGCUAACUUCACUGGAUUCUCAGCGUAAACAUCUUAGUAACAGAGUAGAGCCCUCAAUAAGACCGUUAAGGAUCAUCAGGUGUGUGGUAACAAUGUCAUGGUCAACAAAAUAGGGAUUAUUAAUUAGUAUUAAACAUGAUAAUGUACACUUCAAUAAAAAUUAUGUUCAAUAACUGAA